AUGCAUGUUUCAAUUCAACACAUUUACAAAUUCUUAGAUCUAAAUAUGGAAACCUAUUUCCUACUUUUAUCUCUCGCCUUCUUCCUUUUCAUUUCUGUUAAACUUUUGUUUGGUAAACGGCUUAGCAAGUUUAACCUACCACCAAGUCCGGCUAGGCCCCUGCCGUUGAUUGGACACCUUCACCUCCUGAAACUCCCGCUUCACCGCACAUUCCUCUCUUUCUCUCAAUCCUUAGGUGGCGCCCCAAUUUUCUGCCUCCGCCUCGGAAACCGUCUCACGGUUGUAGUCUCUUCAUACUCCAUCGCUGAAGAAUGUUUUACAAAAAACGACAUUGUUUUCGCCAAUAGGCCAGAGUUAAUUCUCGGGAAACAUAUUGAGUACAACUCCACCACUAUGACUAGUGCGCCUUAUGGUGACCACUGGCGAAACUUGCGCCGCAUUGCUACCCUGGAGAUCUUCGCAUCACAUAAGCUCAACGGCUUCUUAUCUGUCCGUAAGGAUGAGAUCCGUCAGUUGCUACUACGUCUCUCCAAAAACUCGAGACAUGGGUUUGCGAAGGUGGAGAUGAGACAUUUGCUUUUUGAGUUGACUAUCAAUAACGUUUUUAGAAUGGUAGCCGGGAAACGAUUUUAUGGUGAGGGCACAGAGCAAGACGAAGUUGCGCAGCAAGUGAGACAUCUGAUGGACGAGAUUGUGACCAGCGCUGGCGCCGGGAAUGCAGCCGACUAUUUACCAAUCAUGCGUUGGUUCACAAAUUUUGAGAAACGCGUCAAGAAUUUAGCGAUUCGUAUCGAUAAGUUUUUGCAGAGUCUUGUGGAUGAGAAACGUGCGGAUAAAGAAAAGGGUACCACUAUGAUAGAUCACUUGCUUUCUCUCCAAGAAUCUCAGCCUGAUUACUAUACAGAUGUCACUCUUAAAGGAAUUAUAAUUGUAAUGAUAAUUGCUGGAUCUGAAACAAUAGCAUGGACUUUAGAAUGGGCGAUGCUGAAUGUGUUGAACCAUCCAGAAGUAUUAAAGAAAGCUAGGACCGAAAUCGAUACGAAAAUCGGUUUUGACCGGUUAAUGGAUGAAGCUGAUACUAAAAAUCUGCCUUAUCUCCAAUGGAUUGUGUUGGAGACCUUACGUCUUCACCCGGCAGCUCCAACAAAUGUUCCACAUAGUACGUCAGAGGAUUGCAUGUUGGCAGGAUAUGAUGUUCCACGUGGUUCGAUGUUAUUGGUGAACAUAUGGUCCAUGCAUAGAGACCCGUCUAUAUGGGAAGACCCAGAAAUGUUCAAGCCAGAGAGGUUCAAAAAUGAAAAGCUAAAUCAAAAGUUGUUGUCGUUUGGGAUGGGACGACGAGCCUGUCCCGGGUAUGGCCUAGCUCAUCGGGUAGUGAGCUUGACUCUUGGAUCGAUGGUUCAGUGUUUCGAAUGGCAGAGAAUUGGACAAGAAUAUGUUGACAAUAGUGAAGACAAAACUGUGGUCUUGAUGCGUCCUACGACACCGUUGCUAGCCAUGUGUAAAGCUCGUCCCAUUGUCCAUGAGAUUCUUGAUGCUUUUGCUUGA